AUGGCGGCGCCUCGCGACCUAGCGGCCGCUGCGCCCGGAAAGGCCAAACUGACGCACCCGGGGAAGGCCAUCCUGGCAGGCGGCUUGGCCGGAGGCAUCGAGAUCUGCAUCACCUUCCCCACCGAGUACGUGAAGACGCAGCUGCAGCUGGACGAGCGCGCACACCCGCCGCGCUACCGGGGCAUCGGGGACUGUGUGCGGCAGACGGUGCGCAGCCAUGGCGUCCUGGGCCUGUACCGAGGCCUCAGCUCCCUGCUCUACGGCUCCAUCCCCAAGGCGGCCGUUAGGUUCGGGAUGUUUGAGUUCCUCAGCAACCACAUGCGGGACGCCCAGGGACGGCUGGACAGCACGAGGGGGCUGCUGUGUGGUCUGGGCGCGGGAGUGGCCGAGGCCGUGGUGGUCGUGUGUCCAAUGGAGACCGUGAAGGUGAAGUUCAUCCAUGACCAGACCUCCCCCAACCCCAAGUACAGAGGAUUCUUCCAUGGGGUCCGGGCGAUUGUGCGGGAACAAGGGCUGAAGGGGACAUACCAGGGCCUCACAGCCACCGUGCUAAAGCAGGGCUCCAACCAGGCCAUCCGCUUCUUCGUCAUGACCUCCCUGCGCAACUGGUAUCGAGGGGAGGAGCCCAACAAGCCCAUGAACCCACUGAUCACCGGGGUUUUUGGAGCUAUUGCGGGUGCAGCCAGUGUCUUCGGGAACACUCCUCUGGACGUGAUCAAAACCCGGAUGCAGGGCCUGGAGGCACACAAAUACCGGAACACAUGGGACUGCGGCAUGCAGAUUCUGAGGAAUGAGGGGCUCAAGGCGUUCUACAAGGGCACCAUUCCCCGACUGGGCCGCGUCUGUAUGGACGUGGCGAUCGUGUUCAUCAUCUACGAUGAAGUGGUGAAGCUGCUCAACAAAGUGUGGCAGACAGACUGA